AUGGAAGAGAUUUUGAAGAUCCAAAAGUUCCAAAGAAUUGUGUCCUAUACUGGAUUCUAUUGCUUUGUUACAGCCAUCACAUAUGUGUACACUAACGACAUGACUAGAGUCGAGUACUCAAGACAUGACCAGUUUUAUGCUUCUUAUCUGGCUGGAAUAGAGCUUCUUACAGACACCGUUAAGUUAUAUAAAGCAACACUGGGGAAUGUUUUUGGAGAAGAUGAAUGGGUACUGGUUGAAUGGUGCAUCCUGACAAAAAAUUUUGAACGUCAAGGAAAUUCACCAUAUUCAUAUCAUGAUCAAUACAUGGCGCACCUCUCUUAUAAUAGACAGCUAGAUGGAAGUGGCUAG